AAUAAAUAGACUAAGGCAGCAAUAAUAUUCGAGUAUUCACGACGCACAGUAAUCAAUACACUAAAAGAAUUAUGAGCGAAAAGGAAGUUGUAGAAAAUUAUUUUGAUAUAAAAUGAAAUUUGAAAAAGAAUUACAUUUUUGGUUUGUAAAGGAAAGAGAAAAAAUAAGUGAGAAAGUGGUGGACGACGUAGUACAGAAAGUAGAAGUGAAAUAAUUAGGAUACGAUCAAAAUUGCGGAGUGUAAAUCGAAAGGUGACUACAACGAUACAUAGGAGACAAAGCAAUUCGAAUCACAAGUGAAAGAAAAACGAAAAAAUAACAAACAGAAAAAGCACCGGAAAAAGAGGCAUAUGAAAGUUUAAAUGCAGUGAAGUGAAAAGAAGAAUUAUGAUAAAGCAAAAUUGUGAAGAAAAGCUGUUAUGUGCAAUAAAGGUGCUGGCUCAGUAAACGAAGCGAAAAGAUAGUAGAUAGAGUGAAGUUAUUUUUUUCGGUUUGCAUUGUGUGUGUGUGUGAGAAAUUGAAGAAGGAAGCAAAGCAAAUAAGAGCAAAUGUGCAAGAAAGCAGAAAAGUUGAUUAAAUCGGGCAAAGUCAACUCCAAACGACAAUUGAAAGCAACUAAAAUACAUACAAAUAUUAGUGCAGAAAAAUAUUAUAUACAAGAUCAUAAAUAUUAUUACAGAUUUUGAAAAGAAAAUCAAUGUGUGCUUAGUGCUUGUGAACAUCAAUUCACAUUCAUUGCGUCUUAUUGCAUAUUUUUGAUGCUUCCAGCGAAGAAAUAUAUAAUAAAAACGAAACAAAAGUUAAAAAAUACUAAUAAAAAUUUAAAACAUAACAUUAGGUAGUCUGCGGUUAAUUACAUACUCAUUUGGAUUUCCAAUACGGCAAUUUUUCGGCGGGUUUGUCAGAGAGACAAACUGCCUUUUAUUGACUGCCAGACAGUCUAAUAGGCCAGGCAGUCGGCUCAACAAAUUGAUUGGAAGAUUGAGUGAUCAAUUCAUAUUGUUGACCAAGUGACGUCGAUCAAUUUGAAGUUUAAACUAACUACUACUAUAACAACAACGAUUUCGUCAUUUGAAUAGCAGCAAUAAAUAAAUUGAAAAAAUAUAUUCAAAAUGUCUUCUUUGGACGUGCGUAAUAAUUCAGCGGUGAUGAAGCGGGCCGAGCAACUUAAGCGUUGGGAGGAAUCGGACACAAAUCGUCAACCACCAACACCACGUCCCGAGCGAGGACGCAAAAUAAAAUUCUCCUCGGGUUGUGUCUUUCUGGCGGCCUGUAUGUCUGGCGAUAAGGAGGAAGUGCUAAAACUAUUAGAAAGUGGUGCUGACAUAAAUACAGCCAAUGUUGAUGGAUUAACUGCCCUACAUCAGGCUUGCAUUGAUGAUAAUCUAGAAAUGGUUGAAUUUCUAAUCGAACAUGGCGCUGAUAUAAACAGACAAGAUAAUGAAGGUUGGACGCCGCUGCAUGCCACCGCCUCAUGCGGCUUUGUGAGCAUAGCCCGCUAUUUGGUGGAGCAUGGCGCCGAUCCGGCCGCUGUAAAUAGCGACGGUGACUUGGCCGUGGACUUGGCUGUCGAUAUACAACAUUUGGCGAUGAUGGAUUUCAUGCAGAAGGUGAUGACUGAACACAAUAUCGACUGUGAGAAGGCGCGACAGGCGGAGGAGCAGCUAAUGUUGAGCGAUGCCAAGAAAUGGUUGCGUAGCGAUGCGUCCGAAGUGGAUCGGCCGCAUCCGAAAACAGGUGCCACAGCGCUGCAUGUUGCCGCAGCAAAGGGUUAUACAAAGGUUAUAAGUUUACUACUCGCCGGGCGUGCUAAUGUUGAUAAACAGGACAAUGACGGCUGGACGCCGUUGCAUGCUGCAUCGCAUUGGGGCCAAAAGGAGGCGGCCGAUAUGCUGGUCAAUGCCAUGGCCGAUAUGGAUAUACGCAAUUAUGCCGGACAAACGUGCAUCGAUGUGGCCGAUCGUAAAAUGGCGAAAUUCUUGGAGGAAUUGCGUAGCACCAGCAAUAAACGUGUCAAACGUCGUCCUUCUAGUCAAAUCAGAAUCUCAGAUAAAAUUGAAAAUCACAUUGAAAAUACGCCAACGAAAAUCAUACGUGUGGAAGUGAAAUCGGAUCAGUCCAAGGAUCAAGCGAAUGCUUCCAUAACUGAAAAUGAAAAUGAACUGCCAAUGAUUGAUAGUAGCGAUCAGCUGGAUCAGCCACAUAAUCUAGCGCGCAUAGCUGAGUAUGAUGAAACUGACUCUGAACUCACCGACUCAACAGAGAGCUCACAUUCGACCAGCCUAUCUGAACCUGAAGGUAUCUUUGGUGAAUGUGUGUAUGAAAAAUCGAAGCAAACAAAUGAAACUGUCAAACCAUCCGCCGUUGCUAACACAGACAACCAGUCGGUUGAGGAUGAAGCGCCAUGGCGUCGCAAUAGCUUGGCAAGAGCGCGCACACAAAAUGAAAGUCCAACGAAAAUUCAAGUUCCUGAAAAAGAUGUUAGUAAAACUAACAAUACCACAGAAACAUCAGAUGUUAUCUUACGACGCACCCAGAGCUUUGAGCAUGAUGAGAAAUUCUAUCAAAAAUAUCAUGAGCUGCGCGCACGCAUAAAAGCCAAUUCAUGCCCCAUAUUGCCGGCCAAGCAGCUCAAUAAUAGUAACAACAGUAGUAACAGUAAUAGCCAAAAUAACAAUAGCAACAGUAGCAAUAGCAAUAACAACAUCAACAAUAAUAGCAAUAACAGUAACAAUAUUAAUAACAGUAAAAGUAACAUCAACACCACCAACAUUAUCAAUAAUCCCACAAGCGCAUUAGGCAACGUUUACACGCCCAUUCCAAAUUAUUCGGUACAAAGAUCGGCAUCACUCAAAGAUCAUAGAAAUUACAGAACCAUUUCGACGAACACAUCGUCCACAUCGAUAACGGCGUCAACAGCUGAUACUACGACUACGUCAAUAACGACAAGCAGCACCACAACCACCACCACACCAUCGACAGCUACAACAACGACACCAAUACGCAGCGCACAAAAUAGUGGCAAGGGUGCUGCCACAAGUGCCACCAGCACCAACAGCAAUAAUAAAAAUAAUAACAACAACAACAAUAAUAAUAAUACAAAUGUCAAUAAUACGUUCACUGCCAAUAACAACAACAAUAAUAAUAACAGUAAUAAUGACACUAAACCGCCAACAUCAUCUACUUCUGAUGCAGCAGCACCAACUACCACUACAAAGCAGAAAAUGUCAGCCGGCACAAUUUUCAAAAAUUUCUUCAAAUCCUUUGUGCCGCCCGUGCGUGACGAGGAGAGCGAAACACAGCGUAAGGCACACGCCAAACGUGUGCGCGAGACGCGUCGCUCCACACAGGGUGUAACGUUGGACGAAAUCAAGAGCGCCGAAGAGUUGGUCAAGAAGAAGAAUUCAAAUAUGAACAACAACAAUAACAGCAGCAGCAAUGAAACGCAAGUAGCUACAGCAAUAGCAGCAACAAUUCCAACAACAACAACAGCAGAACAACAACAAGAAGUUGAAACGCACGCAGAACCGUCGUCAGUAGCUGCCACGCCAAUGCUGCCAACUACAGAAACGCCGACACACGCGUCACAGAGACAAACAGUAGAAAGCGAUGAAACACAACAAACACCAGCCGCAGAGCAAGAAAGCAACCGUGCAGUGUGCACGUCAGCGGAGGAGGGUGAUACCACGGUGGAGAAAGAGUAUGAGCAGCAGGAUGAUGAAGCUGCUGUGGACAAUGAUGAUGGCGAGGAUGUUUCGGCCUCGUUCACCAUUGUAGCGCCAACUAGAAAGAAUUCUAGCACGAAGGCAACAAUGUUAGAUGAUACCACAACAGAUGAUGCAACCACCACCGAUGAUAACGAUGAUGAAGUGAGUGCCACGUAUACGUUGACACCGCGUCACUCGUUUGUCGGCGGCGCUGCACCCACUGAGACUGUGGAAACGACGAUAGUGGUCACACCACCGGAAAUAAUAAUCAAUGAAGGUGAACUGGAUAGUGAAACAGUGCGAAAAAAAUUAGACACAGAUGAGAUGUCGCAAGAAAAUGCGACUGAGAGUGAGAUCAAGCCUGAGAUCGAUGAUGACUUAGAGAAUGAAGAGGAUGAGUCAGAUGAGUCUGAGCAGGCGGACGAAGACGCUGUAGAAAUGCGAAAUGUAAGCAAGGCAGAAGCUGAUGAACAGGCUGAACUAGAGGCGGAUGAUGAAGAAGAAGUGAUUGAGGAGAAAGAGGCGAUGGACGCCGAAGAGGAGGUGGAAUCAGAGAAUAGUGAAAUUAUAGAAAUCAACGAGUUAGGAAAUGAAAAGACUGAAAGCUCUGCCACUCAAGAGUUGGCUACUACACACAUAUCCUCGGUCCCCAACCCAACCGAUACGUCAGUGCCACAAACUGAACGUACACGCCUUAACACAUUAAUUCCAUUGCCACUGGUUGGUGUGGCGUCGAGCAGUGUGGCGCAUGCCACAGAUGUGACGUCGACCACACCCACCAGUACGAGCGCAAAUACGCCAACACUCGAUAGUCCUGUGCGCCUGCGCGAAAAGCGUAUACCUUACGAACCCGACAACAGCAACAAUGCCUUAACGUUAAACGAACGCUUACGUUACGAAGCGAAGAAAUAUAGCACGGUCGGCGAUAGUGACGAGUCGUCGUCAUCGUCGACGGUCGCUAGUAAAACACGCUCACUACCACCAACGUCGUUUAUAAGUGAUGCCGGUGGCUUAAAUGAACUGUCAACAAGUUAUGGUAAAAUCUCACUCGGCAGUCGGCGCAGCUUGGACUCAUCCUCAUUGUCAUUACACGAGAGCAAAACAGAUCAGACGACCGCAAAUGAGUCGCAAACAUUGCAGAGUCCUAUCAGUAGUAUUAGUAGUUGUGGUAGUAGCAGUGGCGGUACAGCGUUUGGGGCAACUACAACAACAGUGACGGCGACGGCGCCGAGCAGCAGCAGCAGCGGUAGCAAUAGUAGCGCAAUGGCUGAGCGACGUCCUUCUUGGCGUUUGAAAUUCGAUGCUGGCUGUAAGUUCAAAUUGGAAGAUGCAUCGAGUGGGAAUACAUUUCCGCCAAAUAACAGCACAAUUAUACCGAGCGCACCAGCUGUUAUUGCCGCUGCCAAUCUGUCGUCAACCAUAUCACAACGGCGCAUCAACAGUAAUUCAUUGAAUUCGUCGAAUCAAUCGUUGAAUUCAAUUGGACGACCUGUGUCCGCACCCGUCAAUGCCACCACAUCCACCACAUUACUUAGCAAUGAUGCUCACAGCGAGGGUGUCAGCAUUUUCGGCCGGCGACUCACUGGUGGAAGCACCAAUAGCACUUAUAGCGCCACAAUCCCAGCAGCUACCACCACAACGUCUACUGCAGCCACAACUACAGCUAACGUCACAGCCGCUACGGCUAACUCGACGUCUAAAAAUAAUGAUGAUAAAGAUAAUGACAAAGAAAAUGAUAAUCGCAAUUUGGCUGCUCAAUCGGCUAUACAACGAAGAAGAAAACCAAAAAGAAGAUCCACCGGCGUUGUGCAUAUCGAUAUGGAUGAGCUCGAUCCAGAGCGACAAGAUUCAGCCAACGAUGCGGAAGAGAAAGAUAAAGAGAAGGAGAGUGGCGGUGAGCGCGGCACAUCACGUUCACGUUUGAGCAGCACCACUAACGCCAACACCAACGCAAACUCCACGACAGACGAGAAUAAAGCACGUGAUAGGUCAGAGAAUGGCGAAGCCAUCGACUACAAGGCUCUAUGGGAGGCUGUAAAAUUGGAGAACGACAAGCUCAAGCAGCAGCUUAAGAAGAAAGAUGAUGAAAUCGUACAAAGUAGAGCAACACUCGAAAGAUUUACAAACGCAACAACUAAAAACUCACUCUCAGAGCUUGAGAAACGCGAAAGGAGAGCAAUGGAACGCAAACUUUCCGAAAUGGAAGAAGAGUUAAAGCAAUUGGAAGUUUACAAAACGGAGAAUCAACGCCUUAAAGAGGAGAAUGGAGCGCUAAUUAGAGUAAUUAGUAAAUUAAGUAAAUGAAAUUAAUUUUAAAUUAAAUUUACAGAGUUACAAUGCAAAUUUAAUGUUAAUUUGAAAAAAAAUAACAAAUAACAAAAACAAAAAUCCUAAAAACCAACUGACUUCGUUAUCGAACGUGUAGAAAACCGUUAUUAUUUGCUAAAAAAAAAACACAAACAAAAACAACUACAACUACAUGAAACAGCAGCAUAGCAAAAUGUUCUUACUACGUACCGAGUAUAUUUUAAAUGUAAACAAAAAAAAAAAAGAAAACAAAAACAACAACAAAUCUAGCUGCGCUUGUAGAAAAAUAUGUGCUUGUGUAUGUGCCGCUUUGGCUGCAGCAUAAUUUUGAUUGUAAAAUAAUUAGAAUGAAAAAUGCAAAAAACAAAGAAACACUAAAAUGUUUUAUUACACUUUAUGACUGUUUUAAGUUUUAUUAUUAGCCUAGUGUGUCACCCACUGCGUUAAAAUAUUAUCAAAUAUACAUAUAAAACAAAAAAUUAUACGUAUACAUAUACAUACAAACAUACAUAAAUAUUAAUUGUUUGGAGUUUUUAAGAGCGUUUAGGCGAUAAUACACCACACACACACACACAUACAUAAAUAUAUACAAACACAUACAAAAACAAAGUUAUACAUACAUAAAAUAAUUAUCUCACAGAGAGUAUACUAAACCAACAAUAAAAAGAUAUUAAGAAAAAAAAUUGUUUAGCAUAAUAAUAUUAAAUUUACAAAAACGGACCUAUACAAAAACAAAAUAAAAAUAAAAUAGUUGUACAUGCAUACAUACAUAUUUGUUUAAAAAAAAUAUCGAUAUAUAUCUAAAUACAUAUGUAUGCGUUUGUAAUAUUAAAAAAACAACAAUAACUAUGUUAACACUAUGACUUAGCGCCUAAUGUAAUAAACACCCACACACACACACACACACACCAAUUCAAAUGUAACGUUAUAUACAUAUAUAUUUAUAUUCAGUGAUGUACGCAAUUUCACUAUAUUGAAUAUUUAAAAUUAAAUCAUUUUUAAUGUUUUCAUAAUAAUAUUAAAAAAAAUAAAUCAGUUGUUAAUUUAUAUGCAUUUGUGUGAAAAAUAAAAUAAAAUAAAAUUAAAAAAAUAAAAAUUAUUUAUAAACACCGAAACCAACAUACGUGCAUAUUCAUUGCAUUAUUUGCAUACCAACAUUACGUACAUACAUCAAUGACUAUUUAAACGCAUACAUACAUACAAACAUACGUACCACAAAAAAAAACAUACACACCUACAAUACAUAAAUAAAGUAUACAAAAAUAUAUAUUUUUCAUAUUUAUUAAAUUGUCUAAACAAUAAAAUUAUUAUCACAUACAUAGCUGUUUACAUUUGUAACUAGUUUUUUUUUUUUUUUUUUUUUUUUUUGAAAAAAACCGAACAUUUUUAGCGGAACGACAGUGAAGAGGUGCAAUAAUUAUAAAAUUUUAUCAGUUCGUAUGAAAUGUUAUUUGAAAGUUUGAAUAUUUUAUAAUUUUAUUUUUUAUUUUCAAGUAUUAUAAAAUAUUUUCUCACCAAAUUUCCAUAUUUUUAGUUAAUUCCAUUUAAAAAUUAUUAAUAAUUUUUCAAAUUUUUUCGGCGACUUUUUCGAAUAAAUUUUUCAGUUCCUACACAGUUUUUUCUAAGGUAAUAAAAUUAUCUUCUAAAUUAUAGCUGAGUUACUUCUUAAUCAUAUCCAAAUAAAAACUGAAAUAUAAAAAAAAAUAUUUCAACAAUUUCAAAAAUUUUUUUUUGUAAUUUUUUACUUUAUUGUUUUUUACUUUACCAUAAAAAAUCAACUAUAAAGUUUUUAUUUGAUAAAAUUCAGGUUUUUUGCCAAAGCUAUAUUGUACAUUUUUUUUGUUGUUGUAAAAACGGAGCUUUUCAAUUUUUUGUAAUUUUGCACCUAAUUUAACCCUUUAGUCAUUAAUAUUUCAAAAGUUAAAAAAAGCAAGAAACUGAUCCGCGACGCCGCAAACUUUGCUAUUAACUGUUUUAGUAUAAGUGUAAAAUAUAUGAGUAGUUAAACUAAAUUUUUCAAAAACAAAAAAAAACUUUAUAAAUAAAAUUUAAAUUUUAAAUCAAACUAAAUUGCGAACUUUUUCUUUAAUUAGUAUCAUAG